AUGGCAAGCACGCUCUCUCUGGGCGCGCUGACGUUAGGUAGUGCCGGCAUAGUCACCGCAUACAUCUGUAAACAAUAUCUCGAUCGUUCUUGCCCAAGGAUCCCCAUCAGCAAAGUAUCGCGAUUGAGUGCAUGUCGACAACUUGUGGACAGGGCAUGCAACAGCUCCUCGGACGCAGACGUGCCAAAACCAUGGGGGGCGGAUAAGUCGGGCCUGUUAUCCUCGUGGUCGGAAGCCAGCUCUGGGGACGGGAAAAGUCGUUGGCUGCCAUCCUACGUUGCAGUUCAGGUGGAUGUGCCGGUGGUGCUACUGGCAUCCUACACAACUGAGACCAGUAAAGGCGGAUUGGCCACAAACAACGACGAGUCACGCACCGCAGAUGGCAUGGCGCGAAACUUGGUCGCCGCCUUCCUCGACGCACGGUCGCGCGGCCCUGAUGGAUGGCUCAUAGACAGAAACGUGCCGUCAAGGUCUUACAUACCCGGAAGUCAAUUGUUUGGAGACUCGACUGGUCUCUCUGCCUUUAUGUUUGACAGCUGGAGCUCGAGAUCGACAAGCUCAAUCCAGCCUUCUGUUUUGCCUGUGGACGCACCCGUCCCGAGCUCCUUUCUUCCCUCCAACGAAGCACUUCUUGCAUCCCAAGACUCAUCUCAGCCCGAGUCAGCUGGUACAGUCAUCUAUUGGAAGUUCCCCCACGGCCUGGUCAAUACAUUUAACAAUGCGGCAUCUUACGGCUGGCCAUGGCGAGUGAUGGACGGUGGUUGGCAGGAGUUUGUCGUUGAGAAGACCUCGGAGGAGACGGCGAGAGUUACGUAUCUCUCGGUGGAGUGCUCUGACGUGCAUCCUGGUGGCCAAACAGCAAGAGAUUUCAAAAGAAUGCCGUGGCUCGUCUACGAAGUUCACGUCUUAUACGCUCAGAGUCUUCUUCUUAGGGCCGUUCGACAGCUGAGGAAGACAGGCUCAGUGUGA